AUGGCAAUGGAUAGGGGGACUUUACUAUUCUUUAUAGUCAUGUUUAUAUUCCUUUCGCUACCGUCUGGGAAUGAGGAACCUCGCUCAGAUAUUGAAAGAGAAACGUUAGCAACAUUCCAAUCACAAGCCCAUCAAGCACUGCGAAUGUUGAAUAGCUCCGAAUAUUACCUGGGCUAUGGGAAUAUCACAGGGUAUCAACUAUCAUAUGAUGACUACCUCAAUCAUAAAUCUGUAUCCGAUUGGCCCAUACACAAGUUUAGUAAAGAGGAUCCUUGGAUUGAAGAUCAAAAGUAUUCCAUAUUACCGAAUGAGGUGACUGAUAUGGUGAAAUACUUUUGGGGAAAGGACGAAGUGGAAAGGAACAAUGGAAAAGCCUACAUGUUGAAUAUUUCUGGUAGUGCCCAUGGUGAGUUUGUCCCUGUUGAAUCGCAUGUACAACCAGUGAGACAGAAGAUACCGAAGUAUUUGAAAAAGUAUUACAAAGAGAGGACAAGUAACGAAGAUAUGGGAUUGGAUGAGUCAAACACAGACAAGGAGGCAAAUAAUGAGGAGGAUACAUCACACAAAGUUGGAAACAUAACCAUCCCGGGUUUGAUAUCUGUGAAUAUUAGAGCGUUUCAGUAUAAUUUCAAUGAACCUAAGUUUCAUGUGGUAAACAAGAGUGAUCAUGUUAGCGAUGCGGUUGUUGCCAAGAUUGAUUUGAACUUGAAGGAUUAUUCGGAAAUUAAUGAUUAUACGAUCGAAAUGGACGCAGUGUAUUAUCAAAACACCGGUGCAUUGGUAGCCACUUCAAAUUCAGCCAAAUUCUAUGGAUCGUAUGGAUUGAGUCAUCUAACCAUGAAUGAAGAUAACUUUGUUAUAUCAAAGAAGCUAAUGGCUCAAUAUAACAAUAUGCGAGACGAAAAGACGUUAUCUUUAGAAGAUAUGAAUGGGUCAAUAUUGAAAGCUUUUGAUCAAUGCGAAAUGGUAACAUUUAUGCAGUUUAACAAGACUGAUUUUACCCAUGAUGAGUUGCGAUACAUUGACGCCGAGUUGAAAAAUCCAAGUGGGAAACCAUUACCUGAAGCUUUGCCAAAGUUGAGUGUUAAAGAGUUUCUUAUAUACUCGCCUAAUUGCGGGAUUGUUUUAAGAAAUAAAUCAGAGACCCCAUUCACGGGAGAGAAAGUUGAAGUUUGGUAUAAGCAAGUGAGACAUGUAUUAACAGGACUUUUGGUGUUGGUUUCGAUCCAGUUAUACCUCACCUUCAACCAAGUGAAUGUAGCAAGAACACCGGGACAAUUAUCAGUGAUCUCAAGCAAAACAUUAUACUUUUUUGGAUUUGAAGAUUCGUUAUUGGCUAUAAUUUCAUUGUUAUUGUCGACUAUUGCUACUGAUUUGUAUUUACUACUUGCAUGUGUUGCCACUAUUGCAUUCAUACUGUGUGGUGUGUUUGAAAUGCGAUUUUUGGUUAGUGUGUUGACAACACAGGCGAAUGAACGUGGAACUACAUGGUGGGAAAUAAUGAGGGGAUCGAGACAAGAAUCAUUACUGAAUACACCUCAUUCCCCACCCGCCGAGGUGCCAUCCGAGGGUCCUCUUUUACCGUUAGCCAACGCACCAACCCAACAGCAACAGCAACAGCAACAACAGGAUCAAACACAAGAACAACCAACUCCUACCGAACCCAAUACGGCGUGGCAAGAAACUUCCUAUAGCAAUUCUAUAUUUGCAUCAGGGUUUACGUUGGCUAUUAUUGCUAUGUUUCUCAUAUUUUCGUCAUUUGAUUGGAGACGCAAGUACAGGAUAAUAUUUGAGUAUAUCUCUUUAAUUUUUAUCAACUCGUACUGGGUGCCUCAAUUUUUGCGAAAUACUUUAAAGAACAGGAGAAAUUCAUUUACUUGGCAGUUCAUCAUUGGAAGUAGUGUAAUCAGAGUUGUUCCUAUUUACUAUUUUGCAUUAUACAAGGAUAAUCCAUUAAGGCAUAGGUAUGAUCCGCAUUUAUGCUUUGUGGUUACAGGCUGGGUUUUGGUUCAAUUGAUAUUGUUGUUGUUACAAAACAGACUUGGUGCUAGAUUUUGGAUCAAUGAGAAAUGGCUACCACAAGCUUAUGAUUAUCACCGUAUAUUGAGUUUGAAGGAUUUGGAAGAAGGCGGAAUGUCAAGCGAUUUAUUGGCAAGUUUCAAACAAAAGACCUCAUCAUCUAGUGCUUCUGAGUCUCUCAACGAUGGAGUGUCUGAGGAAUUUGUUGAUUGUGAAUGUACAUGUCCAAUAUGUAUGACCGACGUCACACUACCUAUAUUAGUGAAGGAUGACAAUCUAAGCGAGGGAAAGAAGAAGAAUCUUCACCAUCACUCUGGUGCCUCACAAAAGGAAUACAUGAUCACCCCAUGCCAUCAUAUAUUCCAUGCUGACUGUCUAGAGAGUUGGAUGAAAUAUAAAUUACAAUGCCCAGUUUGUCGAACCAGUUUACCGCCGGUAUAG